AUGGCACAAUCUUAUGCUGAUGCUGCAAAGAAAAAUGUUCACAAUGAAGAUGAAAACAUGCAUGCCGAUUUGCAACAUAAACAAAUCAAUCCAAAUGGACAUGGAAUUCAUCACGGACUCGACACCGACGAGAAUUUCGAAGCAACCGUGAGUCGCAAGGGUGAUGUCAGUACCGGUCAAAUAAGCAUCAAUCGUUCUUCUGAGAUUGGUGGCUCUUCCACCGACAAAUCGGAAAGCAAACCGAGGUCAACUAACAAGAAACAAACAUCACGUGGAGACGGUAAAGGUGGAAACCGUAAAGGUUCGAAGGGAAAAGUUGCGUUAGGAGUAGCAAUUGACAUUGCCAUCGCCGGAUUGGUGGUGGGCUGGAUAAUUAAGAAGCCAUCGAUUAAUAAAACCCAUGUGGGUUUGAGCACUAUCGGAUUAGGACUUUUCUAUGGAGUUCAAUGGAUGCGCGAGAAUCACGUUUAUUACUCAAGAUUACCAAAAAAGUAUUACUCCAAAGAUACCACUACCUUAAAGCCGUCAGCGAGAAGUAACGUUGGUGACCUCGAAAUUCUGCAUUCCGUUCAAAGCAACCCGAUCAAUAUUGAGGAUAAGACGCAGGAUUACGAGAAUAAACUUGACGCGCAAAAUUAUGUUUCUAAAAGCAGCAGCACUGUGAAGGAUUUUGAAAUAGGGAAGCUGUUAGGUUGUGGAGGGUUCGCAAAUGUCUAUCGGGCUGUAGCACGAAGCGGUAAACUUCAAGGAAGAGAAGUGGCAAUUAAAAUUAUCAGCAAACGAAGACUAAUUGAAAGGAGCAUUCAAGAUGAGAACGAUAUAAAUCAAUUAAAAAAUUACAUAAAAGCCGAAAUUAAAAAUCACAGACAACUCUCCCACCCAUCCAUAUUAGCAUUGUAUGACUCAUUCGAAGAUCGCGAGAAUGUUUAUUUGGUUACUGAAUUCUGUUCUAAAGGAGAAUUGUUCAAAUUCAUCCGUAACCGUAAAGUACCUUUGUGCGAAGCCGAAGCUCGAGGAGUGAUGGUUCAUUUAGUAGAGGGCUUACAAUAUAUGCAUUCACAAGGUAUCAUGCAUAGAGAUCUGAAGUUAUCAAAUAUCCUAUUAACAGAGAAUUAUGAAGUGAAAAUUGCGGAUUUUGGAAUGUCGACAAAUAUCUAUGAGCGGGACGAACAAAAGACAGUUUGUGGAACCCCCAAUUACAUUUCACCGGAAGUUGUAUCUUUACAACCAUAUGGACUUGCUGCCGAUGUAUGGUCGCUUGGGGUGAUGUUUGUCGUUAUGCUUACGGGCCGACCGCCGUUUGAGGAUAAAAAAGUUGAGAAAACAUUGGAAAAAGUUCAAAAGGCGGAAUAUAACCUACCCGAGACUUUGUCAGAAGAGGCACGAAAUCUAAUUGAAAAACUACUGCGAGUGGAUUUUCGACGUCGCCUUCCCCUCCGAUAUAUUUUCAGCCAUCCAUUUUUCAGCCGCCAGUUCUCGAUCAAGCCUUUGCGUGAAUUUUCCCCUCUUGAUAAUAAUGAUGAAUCUAAGUUUAGAACAGACUUAAAAGAAAUUCACGAAAAUAACAACAAACAGGAUUACUUUUCAUCAUCAAUCAAUAACAAAUUAUCAACGAGAUCGAGAUUAAAUACGACUCGUCUAAAACCUCAAAAGCAGAAAACAAAAUAUGCCAACCUUGAAAUUUUGGUAUCCGGUGCGUUAUAUCUGGAUUUCUUUGAUGACCGUUAUCUUAUGACAAUUAGCAGCGAUGGCGAAAAAAUCGACUUGUUUGAGCGUCCCAUUGGAAAAUAUUCUCCGACAAUUCUGGUUAGCCCCGUUAAAACGUUCGCUUUAGACGAGCUGCCGCAAAUGUACCUUAGAAGAUACAAGUUUGCGUUCAAAGUUGUGGAUUUGAUGAAAAGGAAAACACCAAAGAUUAUUUUCUAUUCGCCACAAGCAAAAUGCACCCUUAUGGAAAAUGGUCCAUUUCCUGAUUUUGAAAUGCAAUUUUAUAAUCAAGUCAGCGUUCACAAUUCACUAUCAAAGGGGAUCGUCGAAAUAAAAGUUCCCUCGCCUUCCUCACCAGAUAAUUUAAUUACAUACAACUUGACGGUUGGCAGAAAUGAGGAGUACAACUAUCCGCAUGAACUAUUAUCGAUUAUUCGACAUAUGCAAGAAUGUCUGAAGCAGUGUCUGGACAUUGAGUUAAAUGAAAAGGAAGACCCUAAUACCGUAUACCCGUUAAUUAUAAAGAACCAUCUUUAUGAUGCGAAUGAAGACGAGAAAAUUAUACAGAAUGUAUGUGUAACUAAGGAGAAUGUACCACCCCCACAGAAGACGUUGACUUUAUCUGCAUCGGAAAUGUCAAUUCCCACUGAAGUGAAAUCGUCAACAACAAAUCCUAAUGGAACUCAGAGUGAUUGCGAACAUCCAACAAUUUAUUAUUCACAAUACCUUACAUCCUCACCAUGUUCCAUAUCAACUCAGUCAGGCAUGGUUAAUUUAACGUAUCGGUUUAUUCGUAAUUUAGGAUGGUGUAUAAGGUCACCGGAAGAUAAUUUCACGAUCAUGUUUGAUGAUGGAAUAAGACUUGUUCUGGAGUCUAAAAGUCAAUCUUUAAAAUAUUAUAAUGAAUCUGAUUCGGGAAAGAGCAUGCAUGGGAACGUGGAAAG